CCCUAGAAUUUUGCCAGCAGAAACCGAGUUUUUGCUUGAUAAACAUAUUUCUAUGUCAGGAUUUCAUGAAUCACUUCAAUGAAGAGUUUGCUCUAGCUAUGACAACGUUGAUUGUGUUAUACCUAUGGUUGAUAAUUGUAAUUUGAGCUAAGAUUGGUAACUGCAGUUGACAAUUACAAUUUAAUUGACUUUUUGACCAAAAAGUUGAUCAGUGAUUACUCAAUGGUAAUAACUCGAGGUAUAAGUCGAUCAGUCCAACUCCCACACUCGCGGGCGCCGGUGUGUGUGUCUGUGGGUAUGGGUGUAUGUGUCCGCGUGUCAGUAUAUGGGACUGUGCGUUGUUAAAGGGAAGUGUAUUAUCCGUACUCAUACCCGUACCCAAUGAUAUAUAUAAGCGGGAUAAAUAUAAGCUUCUAGAGGAAGCCAUGCUGUAUCCAAUGCUGUAUAUGGGCCAUUUCAGGCAAAACGAGACAUACCCACCUUCCGUUUGACUUUGGUUCUUUAUGAGAGUGGUUUUCUGGAAAAAAUCUGUUAGCAUAGACAUAUGUAAAAAGGUUGCCUCUUUCAGCUGACACUUAAUGAAAAUUAAUUAGUUAAUUAAUUACGAAGUAAUUAAUGAAUAUCUCUCUAACCAUAAGAGAAAAAGAUCCCAAACUUUCAAGAUAGAAUGUACGCCGUGGAUUACAUCUAUAGUAAAAUUUUCAGCACGAUCGGACUCGAUUAUUUGUUGAACAGGCGAUCAAUUUGACAAGAGAAACUAAAUUUAAAAUUUUCAAUCCAAUCCGGAACUGCUAUCCACACGUUCAAGAGGUUGUUGUUUUCGAAAGCUGAAUCCUUAGUUCUGUAGAGUUCAUCAUUAGCUACAAGUUACACUAAUUCACUUUCAGAUUUUAUUGGAUUAAAGUACCACAAAAGAACAUCCCCUAGAAUUUGCGAAAGAACCCGAGAAAAGUGGUCCUCAUUGAUGCAUGCCGAAAAACUGAAUUUACGGGUAAAGUUUUAAAUUUUUUCAUCCAUUUAUGGAGGAGAUCGGCAUGCAUCAAUCAGGACCACUUUACUCGAAAAGUGGGUUCUUUCGCAAAUUCUAGGGAAUGUUCUUUUGUGUUACUUUAACCCGAUGAAAUCUGAAAGUGAAUUAGUGUCUUGACAAAUUGAUCGCCUGUUCAACAAAUAAUCUAUAAAGCGUAUCCAAGCAAUGUUUUCUAUUCCAGCUGAUUGAUUUGUCAAUGCUGAACUCGAAUCUGUAGUCAGAAUUGCAUGUUGGAUAAGAAUUCAAGUAUUAAAUGAUCUGAUGUCACGGUCAAAACAAGAGAAAAAAGAGGUGGUUUUUCAAGUAGAAGAGGGUGAAACGGAUCCUAAAGGAGAUUUUAAAAGUUUUUAAAUAAUAUAUUUUGUAGAGGAAGUCACGGCGCGGUUUUCUGUAAAGUCUCUUUUGGCUCCCUCUCUGUUUUGUCGAGAAAUUGUAGUUGCAGUGAAAAGGAUUUUUGAUCCAUUCAGCAAAAUUGGACUUCUGACCCAAGAUUUCUGGAUCGUUUACUUCUAUCAAGAGGUAUUAGAUGUCAAGUGUUCAUAUGCAUUUUGAAGGGUGAAGAAAGGCGCAUCGAACCAUAUUAUUUGGUGUUAAAAAUAUUUAACCAAAUAAGGAAAGUCUAGGGUACCAAUGUACAAUAGUGGGCGAUAUCAUGCCCUUCUAAGGGCACAUCAGAGUGACCUAGAUAUUUCUUGUAUGUUAAUAUGAAAAACGAAACAGAAUAUAGAGAGAUGUGCAGAAACAUGUGGGCGUUCAUUCUAGGUAUAUGAGAUUUUUUUCCUAGAGAUGGCAGAUUUUCGACCUUAUCCGUCAGUGUGCUUGUUUUCUUCGGUACUUGGUGGGAUCUGUAGCGACCCAGUUUUUAUGAGGAAAAUUCUAUCAUAGAUGUAGUUCGCGGUGUACAUUCUAUCCUGAAAGUUUGGGAUUUUUUUCUCUUACGGAGAUAUUCACUAAUUACUUCGUGAUUAAUUAACUAAUUAACUAAUUAAUUUUCAUUAAGUGUCAGCUGAAAGAGCCAACAUUUUUACAUAUGUCUAUGCUAACAGAUUUUCUCCAGAAAACCACUCUCAUAAAGAAUCAAAGUCAAACGGAACGUUCAUAUGUUGGAGAAUCUGAACUUGCUGCAAGUUACUUUCACGGUGCAAAAAAUGAACUUGCCGAAUAUUUAGAAUAUACAGGAAAAGAACCUGCAAACUUCCAUACUAGUAAACAUAAUAAUGAAAUACCAGUUGUUUUCGAUUGUGGCACGAUAAAAUUUGAAAUUUCGAUCAUUGUUUCGGGUCGUGCCGGUAAUUUAAAAUCGAUGCCAAGUUUGCCACAACCAACCAUUCGUCUAUCAGAUAAAAAAAUUGAAUUAUUAAUCGAUUGGCACAUUUUGUUAGAACCAUCAUCAAUUGAGGAUGCUGUAGCAUUAUUGGUUGCAUUAUACGCGGUAUUUGAAUUAAAAUUUACAUCACACAAUGUUGCUAUUCGUCUUCCGUACGUUAUUCUAUUCAAUGACAAAAAAUGGCAUCAAAUUCUAUUAGAAAAUUUUUAA